UCGUCCCCCCGCGUCCCUAUCGAGAUCAUCGAGCACAUCAUCGAUGAACUCGGUGCGACUGAAUACUCGACCGCGGCCCUCGCUCGUUGCAACCGGGUACACAAGGACUGGAUCCCCCGGACCCGCAUCCAUCUCUGGCGCACGCUCACGGUUUCUAGUCGUGAGCAACUCCCAGUCAUCUGCGACACGUUCGACCGGAACCCCACUCUGCGAUGCCUGGUCGAAGUUGUCCGACUGAAGCCCGACCACUCGGUGAAGCCUGAUGCGCAACGCCGGCGUCCGUUCCCUGUC